AGGCGGCUAUCUUUGGGGACCCGUCGUCUUUGGCCGGUUGACGGCACGACUCGGGUUGCAUCGUCGGCGUGUUUCGAGCUUGCGAAAGAUACUCGUCGUUCCUCGGUGGCAUGAGGACGCGACGGUAGCCGCUGCACUGCGGGGUCCGGGUCGUCGCGGUUCUUUUUUGCAGCCCUUGAGAGAUUGAACGGGCAGUAAUGUUCGCGCCCUACGGUAGGACGUGCCUUUGCUGGCUCCUGCUCGCGCUGCCGCUUCUGGGGGUCCUCGCAGAAGACAAAUACCGGUUCUUCAGGAAAACUGCCAAGGGCAAACAUGACGAAAUAGAAGAAACCUGCAGCCAGCCGUGCCAGAACGGAGGCAAAUGCUACAAGGAACGAUGCGCAUGCACACACGGUUUCCGUGGACAAUACUGCGAAUAUCCCAUGUCGCUGUGUGACCUGCAGAGGGCUGGCUUCCACGGGACGUCCCAAUGCAACCACACGCGGCUGGCCAGUACCUGUGUCCUCGAGUGCAACCGGGGACUGAAAUACGAAUACCUGCCGCCCACCAACGUGUACAAGUGCAGCGCGGCGGGAGAGUGGUCGCCUCCCGACCUGCCCCGUUGCGUCGAUGAGACUCAGGAGCGGCUCAAGAAAAAGGCUGGGUCACCACCUCGCAGGCCGUCCAGCGGCACAUGCGCAGUCUGGGGCCGGGGCCACUACAGAACUUUCGACGGAUCACUGUUCAGCUUCCAAAGCCGUUGCCGACACCUGUUGGCCCACGAGUGUCGCGGCGACACGUUUAGCGUGCACGUGGGUGACAGCCAGUGCUCGAACGACAGCGCGAGCCUCUUCUGCCGACGCAGCCUGGACGUCUACGUCGAAGGGCUCCGCUUCGGCUUCGAGCUGGACCCGCCGCGAGUGACGCUGGGCAAUGCCUCCGCGCGGAUCCCCACCACGCUAGAAGGGCUGCGCGUCGACUACGUCGCCGGAAGGAUCGUGAUCAGCAGCCAGCUCGGAUUUACCGUCACAUGGAACGGCGAAGACUUGGUCGAGGUUUCCGUGGAUGCGUCCCUGAAGGGAAGCAUGUGCGGUCUUUGCGGCCAAUACGACGACGACCCGACGAACGACUUCGUCAACAGCCAUGGUCGACAAGUCACCUCCAGGUCGGCUUUCCUGGACAGCUGGAAGAGGAACGAACUAGAAGAGGACUGCGAAGACAUUUUCUUCGAUCCUUCCAACGAACACCCAAGCGAAGAACUCGUACUCGAAGCGAGGAGGCUGUGUUCCAGGGUCACAGACAAGAGGUUCGCGGCCUGUCACAAGGUGGUGGAUCCGAAACCUUACGGCGACAUGUGCCUCGAAGAUUACGUGUCCUGCCUGGGCGAUCGCUCUGCGGACUGCCGCUGCAGCGCACUCGCCGAGUAUUUCCGAGAGUGCGAGCGUCUCGGAGGCAAGCUCGAGUCCGUCUGGAGGAGACACGACUUCUGCCCCGCUCGCUGUCCUGCUGGCAUGGUGUACACCCAGUGCGGGGCAUCGUGCACGCGCACGUGCCGUGACCCGGACGCGUCGUGCGAGUCCCGGCCCUGCGUAGACGGCUGCCACUGCCCGGCCCGGACGCUUCUGCACGACGGACGCUGCGUGCGUCGGGAACAGUGCCCGUGCUCGCUGCACGCCAAGGAGUACAAGCCCGGCUCGCUCGUCAAGCAGGAAUGCAACAGCUGCGAGUGCAGAGAAGGAGAGUGGCAUUGCACCACGAAGGAGUGUCCAUCGCGGUGUGUGGCCAACGGAGACCCCUUCUUCUCGACUUUCGACGGCAAGACUUUCGAGUUCAGAGGACGAUGCCCGUACUACCUAGUGCGAUCGCAGAAUUUCAGCAUCGUCCAAGAGACGGGCCACUGCCACGAUGUCAAGGUGCCGUCCGGAAAGGGUUCCAGCGAGAACGCCCUGGACUGCUCCAAGAUGACCACUGUGACCUUCGCAGACAACACCGUCAUGCUCGCCCACGAAAAGGUAUUCGUGAAUGGAGAAAAAGUGGAGCUUCCAUUUUCUAGCGACAUCGUGGUCGUAUACAAGCCAUCCUCUGAAGUAACACAGGCCUCGUUCUCCAACGGCAUCGUGCUGCAAUGGAACAGAAGGGGGCGCCUUCACAUCGACAGCCCCGCAAGCUUGAGCGGCCAACUGCAGGGGCUGUGCGGCACAAACAACCGGAACCAGAAGGACGACUUCCUCACGCCGGCUGGCGACGUGGAAGGAAGCGUGCGCGCGUUCGUCGACAAGUGGAAGGUGGACGCAUCUUGCGACGAAGAAGAUGGCGUCGAGGAGCACCCUUGCGAGCGGUCGCCGCAGAGGGCAUCGCGGGCCAAGGAGCUCUGCAAGGAGAUUCACGGGGAUGCCUUUAAAGAGUGUCAGCAGCUGGUGGACCCGGAGCCGUACUACAAGGCGUGCCUGCAUCAGACGUGCGCCUGCCGAGGAACGCUGAAGGAUUGCGUCUGCCCGUCGCUUGCCGAGUAUGCGGCCGAGUGUGCCCGAAAGGGCCGCCUCACUCAAUGGCGCCGCCACGUGUCCCUCUGCAGCAUGAGAUGUCCCAGUGACAUGAGGUGGACCGAGUGUGCGCGGCAGAAGAGCUGUUUCGAAGUGGCGCUGGGCGAGAUGGCAAACUCGACGUGCGUUGAAGGCUGCGUAUGCAAGGACGGCUACGAAAAGGACCAUCUGUGCCUGCCGGCUGACUACUGCUCGUGCCUCCACAAGCAUAAGCUGUACGCCCCGGGCACCAUGCACAAGAGGAACGGCCAACUAUGCGAGUGCGACAACGGCGAGUGGGACUGCUCUGAUGAGGAAGGCGGAACUGGGGGGCACUUGCCCGACUCGCCGGCACCAAGAAUCUUCGAAGAAGAGACCUCGUCUCAGCAAUGCGCCCACGACGAGAACUCCGAGUACACGCAGUGCCUGGACGCCUGUCCCCUGACCUGCGACAACGUGAACGCCGCUCUGUCGUGCGGCGUCAGCAACAACGAGUGCCAACCCGGCUGUCGAUGCAAACUUGGCUUCGUACUGCAGCCGUCGACCAACAGCUGCGUCCCUCAGAGCGAAUGCGGCUGCAAGCACGGUGGUAAGAUAUUCCCGCCGAGCUCAGAGAUUCAAAGGGACUGCAACAAGUGUACGUGCAGUGGAGGCCUAUGGGAGUGUGACAAGAAAGACUGCCCCGGAGUGUGCACCGCUUGGGGCGAGUCACACUUCAACUCGUUCGACGGCCACAUCUACGACUACCGAUCCGACUGCGAACUGAUGAUGGCCAAAGGGAGACUGUCCGACGGCAGCCAGUUCGAGGUCACCCUCCAGAGCAUGCCCUGCGCUGCGGGAGACAACGUCUGCAAGAGGACGGCCAGGAUCGUUGCCCGUGGCCAGGAGCUGAUAACGCUGGGUGCCUCUAAAAAUCUACCGGUGGUGAGAUUCGGUCCGGGCUACCUACUUCGGGAGACUACGUUACACGUGGCGGUGUUCACCGACGUCGGCCUCAUUGUGCAAUGGGACAAAGGAACUACCGUGUCCUUGGCCGUGCAGCCUACUUGGAGGGGAAGGGUGAAAGGGCUGUGUGGCAACUUCGACGGCGACCAGACCAACGACUUCCAGACGCCCUCCGGCGGCGUGGCGGAGGGCGACGCCCGCGUCUUCGGGGACGCCUGGAAGCUGCAGGAGGCGUGCCGCAACAACGUCUCCUUCGUCACCGACGGCCACGAAGUGUGCGAGCACAGGCCGCACCGCACCGCUUGGGCCACGCAACGCUGCGAGGUGCUCAGGUCUCCCUUGUUCGAGCCUUGCCACAUGGAAGUGGACGUCGAGCCUUACUUCGAGAGGUGCGUGCAAGACGUGUGCGGCUGUGAUUCGGGUGGCGACUGCGAGUGCCUGUGCACCAACAUCGCGGCCUACGCCCACGAAUGCAGUGCCCAGGGCAUCCACAUCAAGUGGCGGUCGCAGUCUCUUUGCCCCAUCCAGUGCGAUGCCGAGUGUUCCGAGUACGACGCGUGCAUAUCCGGGUGCCCGCCGAGGACGUGCGAAACGCUGGGGUCGUCUCUCGCGGAGGAGAAGACGGUGUGCGACAACAGCACGGCGCCCUGCAUCGAGGGCUGCAGGCCCAAACCAUGCCCCGCGGGCUUCGUUUACGACAACGAGCGCGACAUGAACUGCGUGCCCGAGGCGCAGUGCAGGGUGCCUUGCAAGGAGAUAAACGGCCGCGUCUACCUCGAAGGGGAGCGCAUCGAGGACGCCAGAAUUGCGGAGCCCUGCGAGUCCUGCUUCUGUCGCCGUGGCAGCAUCGUGUGCACUGGCCACCCGUGCCCCAAUACGGAACCACCUGUAGCGGUCGGCUGCACUGCUAGCGGCUGGACGCCUUGGUUGAAUCCCGCUGCGCGGGCAUCGGGAGACUUCGCCCUGCUGGCGGAUCCCCGCUUCGCCUCCAUGUACGGCCCAUACUGCGGUGCCGCGCACGUCGUGGACAUCGAGUGCCGCGUAUCGUCCACCGGACAAGACCUGCUGGGCGCCGGACAGAUGGCCAGCUGCGAACUUCCACGUGGCCUGUCCUGCUACCACAGGUACCAGGCGGGUGGCGCAUGCCUCGACUACGAGGUGCGACUGCUCUGUGACUGCGAGUACACAGUCACUUCUCCAUCCGUUACGGAGGGCGAGCCGUCGACUCACCAGCCAACGACACAUUUCGUCACAGAUUCUCCGACCGUGACCGUUAAGCCGACCGCGGUAGCAACCGAAACUACGUCACAGGAGGAAUGCUCGGAAUGCACGGGCGAAGAGACAACCAGCGCGGCUACCACUUCGGUCGCUGGAGUCGUUACCUCGACCACGCCUUCGCCGACGCCCUCAACCGAACCCGAACAACCGACCGAUUACGUACGCGACGCUACGCCUACUCCGGGAGUCACUACCGAACGCCCGGACGUCGGCAAGCCCGGACCUCCAGGACCUGGCUGCGUUUCCCACUGGACGGAGUUUUUCAACAUCGACAGUCCCGACGUCGAUGACGGCGACGUGGAGUCGCUGGAAGACAUCAAGGAUCUCUUCCCGGUCUGUGAAGGGCUCACCAUUGAAGACGUGGACUGCAGGGCCAACAUAGGGAACAACAUGACCGACUACCGCAACACUGGAGACGUGGGAGUCAAGUGCUCGAAGGGCACCGGCCUGGUGUGCCUUAACUGGCUGCAGCCUCGCGGAAAGAAGUGCCACGACUACGCCAUUAGGUUCUUUUGUAAAUGCGAUGUAGAAUACGAAGGGACGACGGGCGCACACGAGUUCACCGUCACUACUCCGUUGAUGACAGAAGGCAAGCCACUGACUGAGGAGCCCACGACGUACUUCGUUACAGAUCACCCGGAAAUCACAUCCACACAGUCGUCUGUCACUGAAGGUAGCCCAUUGACAGAAACGACGGAGGCUAUCUUCUCUGGAGGUCACACGGAUGCCAUCGCCACUUCACCGUUUACGUCAGAAGGAAGACCAUCGACAGAAACGACGUACUCUACCACAGAACCCGGCUUGCACAUUGUCACUGAAGGAGUCCCUCCUAUCUCGGACUCGACAUGCUAUCCUGGCUGGUCCGCUUACAUCGACACCGACAACCCCAACACGGAGGGCGGGGAUUUCGAGCUCGUAAGCUCGCUGGAAAAAAGGGCUUGCCGCGUCGACGAGAUGAAGGCCAUCGAGUGUAAGGCCGUGCGAAAUGACACCGGAGAACUGAUCGACUGGCUCGAGUCUGGCGACAAAGGCGUCACGUGCCUGAAGGAGAAGGGGCUGCUGUGUUUCAACAGUGACCAAGACGAAGGAAGGCAGUGCCACAACUACAAGAUACGCGUCUUCUGCGUAUGCACUCCGGGAGGUGUACCGCCUGUCUUCACAUUGCCUCCUACUACUGUUGGUCUUCCGGCCACUACGGAGAAGCCGCGGCCGAAGGGCGAAGGAACGUGCGGCUGGACGGAGUGGAUGGACGCCGACGACCCCCAAACUUCUCCCGAGGACGUGGGAGACUUUGAGAUCUUGGAGGAACUCAGGGAUCGAUACAACUCAUGCGCACCUGGUUACGUGGAUAAAAUUGAGUGCCGCGUCAAGUCCACUGGCGUAGACUGGACUCAGAGCGGUCAGAGUUCUUUGUCGUGCGACACGAAGGUGGGCUUCCGUUGCUACAACAAGUUCCAGUUCGACGUAUGCGAAGACUACGAGGUGCGACUGUCAUGUUCGUGUCCAGGACCAGCCUUCCCAGUUGUACCAGAAGACAAGGAGAAGAAAACUACCUACGCCCCAUCAACACCGGUUACAGAUCAUAUGGGCGCUGAUGCCACGGAAACGACGACCAAGAAGUCGUGGUUUAGUACAUUUAAGACCACUAUCUUCGGCGGAGGCACCGAAACAACGACCCCAGAAGUUACAAGUACAGCGGUACAUGAAAGGACUUCUACAACAGCAGAAUCGGAAGCUACGUCGCUGUCUCCUGAGGGCACGCCCCCGUCGAGAACAGAGGCAGCGCUGUCGACGACGGAAGAGCCGCACGGAGUGCCUACUUUAUCGACCAUCUGGGAACAUUCGACUGUGGAUGCAACCACCGUCUUCCGUACCACUCCGACAUUUCCUACUACUGAUAUCUGUCCCAAGGGUCGGACGUACAGCGACUGCGCGUACCGCUGCAACCAGACGUGCAACGUGUUCCUUCGAGCACUGGUGCACGACCGGAAGUGCCUGGGAGACGACUGGUGCGUGCCCGGAUGCCGGCCCACGUCGGGCUGCGAGGCGCCUCGCAUCUGGCUCGACUACGACACCUGCAUCGAAGAGGAGGAAUGCAGCUGCUCCUUCGAGGGGCAAGUGCUCGGGGCCAACCAAGUAGUGGACCGAGGCUGCGAGCGUUGCAUCUGCCAAGACAAUCACAUUGUGUGCGCCACUCAACCGGACUGCAGGCCACUGCCUACGGGACUGCCACAGGUUUCCGUACCCACCACAGGAAUCCCAGUGAUUGUCACGGAGGAGGUACACGGAGGAGGUACCUGCGUUCCCGGUUGGUCCAUGUGGUUCAACACUCGGAAGCCGGACGAGCACGGAGACGUGGAGUCGGUGGACGCCAUCGAGGAGAAAGGCCUACUGCUGUGCCACGAACGCUUCCGUACUGAGGUCCAGUGCGAGCCGCUCGACAGGAACGUGGUGUUCGAGGAGACGCAUCGAAUUCGCUGCGACAUCGAGAACGGCCUGGUGUGCAGGAACGACCCACAGAACAACGACACCGAAUGUCCCGAUUACAUGGUGCGCUUUUACUGCGACUGCUUUAAAGGCUGGGAUAACACGCCCGUAACCACAAGACAACCAACUGUCCCGACUACUCCGACUGUCCCGACUACACCGACUGCCCCGACAAGCCCGAGGAUCACUCCUACUACCCUUAUUACCCAGACUACCCCACCUGUUCGGACUGCCCGGACUGCCCAGACUACACCGCCAAUUUCUACGAUGCCUACGGCCCCACCGGUGGUGCCAGGUGAAGACUUCACCACACCAACCGACAUCAUAUACGACCAGACAACUGUGGAAUACAGCAAAGACAGGUGCAUCAGCUUUGUGUACCUGGUCAACGGUCCGUUCCCGCUGCCGGACAGUAGCUACAAGGCUUCGAGCAGCGCCAGUCCGAGCUCAUCGCCAAGACACUCUCGGCUCGGAUCCACAACCUCGUCUACGUCACUCGGUGCGUGGAUACCGCAUCGUCAGGGAAUUGGCGAAUACAUCGAGGUGGACCUCGGUCGACGGCGAAGCGUGUUCGGCAUCGCCUUGCAAGGGCGCGAACGAACUCAUCAGUGGGUUACGCGCUACCGAGUGUUGGUCAGUGCCGAUGGCUCGCAGUACGCGUACGUGCAGAACUCAGAAGGCAGAAUUCAGGAUUUCAUGGGCAACCACGAGUCCAGCGGUGUAUCAAGACAGCUGUUUGACAAACCAGUGAGAGCGCGUUUCGUGCGCAUCGAGCCAACCGAGUGGAACGAACUGAUCGCCCUUCGCUUCGACGUUCUCGGCUGCACCGAAGGUGAGUGGGCGAAUGCCGAGCAUAAAACCCACCUUGAGACAUUAUUAUACUUAAGGACCUACCUGAAGAUACUUGCUCUCUUACACGGAAUCGCGCAAUUAAUCGGCUGCCUUCAGCUACGCAUUUGUUCAACCCUCAGGGCCCCGCCGCUGUCCCGCUGCACCGAAGACAGGAACCUGCUGAAGUCAUCGGUCAGCACCUGUGCAGAACAGGUGUGCGACUGCGUGGCUUCGGGCGAUGGCGACGUCAAGAAGUGCAUGUGCAGUGCCAUCGAGGGAUUCGUGUCCACCUGCAAAGCAGCUGUGCGAAGCCAAAUUGCGUCAGAAUGGAGACUGUCUCUUGGAUGCGCACCCGAGUGUCCGGCCGGCAUGGAGUGGCGCGAGUGUGGUCCUUCGAGCGAGUGCGAGCCCACGUGCGACAACGUGCAUCGCAGCAAGAAUGCCGCCGACGAAUGCCCCGAAGAGUGCGUGGCCGGCUGCUUCUGUCCACUGGGAAUGGUUCGCAGAGGGGACGCCUGCGUGCCUCCAAGCAUGUGCCACGACUGCGUCUGUCGAGGCCACGGCGAUCCCAACUACAUCAGCUUCGACGGCCGCACGUUCGACUUCCAGGGCAACUGCAGCUACGUCCUGGCGCAACACAUCUCGGGCGACAAGUCGCUCGACUUCCAAAUCGUGGGCGUCAACGUCGAGUGCCCCGAGGAACCCCGUACGACCUGCACGCAAGGCAUCAUCAUCAGCUAUGGCGACAACCAUGUCAGGGUCUCCAGAGGACAGAGAGUUCAGUUUGACGAAAGGGAGCUUCAAGACAAGGACUUCCCGUGGAGCCAGCAAGGAUUCAACAUUUCCUGGGUUCCGGGACGCACGACCGUCGUGUACGUGCCCGCUAUCAAUCUCGUGGUGCGUUACUUCGAACUCAACUACGGCUUCAGCAUCGAAGUGCCCUCGUUCACGUACUCCGGCAAGAUGACCGGACUGUGCGGCGACUGCGACUUGGACGAGAGCAACGACCUCCAGCACCGCAGUGGCUACCAGGUGGCCGAGGUGCGCGACUUCGCCUACAGCUGGCUGGUCGAGGGCAGUCCUGAGAUCUGCACGGUGCUGCGGUCGUCGAGCCAGCGGCUGGUGCCUCCGGAGGUGUGCCGCUUCCAGGAGAACGCGUGCGAGCUGUACGUCGAGCCCGAUGCAUACCAGAAGGCCUGCCUCAGUGACGCCAGCUACUCACGCAACCUGAGCGCCUCGGUGUGCCGCUCCAAGCUGCAAUACGCCGAGCACUGCUGCGCCACCGCUGGAGUGUCUGUGCACCGGUGGCUGCAGGACUCCGGAUGCGAUUUCAGCUGCCCAAAGAACAUGGAACUGCGCUGCGACACCGGCUGCCCCAAGACGUGCGCCAACUACAAGGAGCCGGAAAGCGCAUGCCCCGUGAUGCCGACGUACUCGUGCUUCUGCAAACGUGGCUUUGUCCUCAAGAACGGCGAAUGCGUCGACACUAAGCACUGUGAGGCCUGUGACGAUCAGGGACACCUGGUGGGCGACACGUGGCAAGUGAGCCCCUGCGAGACGUGCGGAUGCGGCGAGAAUCUGAAGAUCCGUUGCACCAGCAUCAUCUGCCCACCCCCUCCAGUCUGCAGAGACGACGAGAAGCUGCAGCAGCUGCCCAAGCAGAACGGCACCUGCUGCGAGACCUACCUCUGCGAUGCCAACCUGAUAUCUUCCUGCAAGGCACCCGAACCGGUAGUAUGCCAACCAGGCGCCAUAACCAGGAUCAAGACAGACAGCUCUGGAUGCCCGACCCAUGUUUGCGAAUGUGACCAGACGCAGUGCCCACCGCUGCAGUGGCCCGUAGGCCUCGAACCGGGAUUGGAGGCGUUCAUCGAGGAGAAGGGAUGCUGCAAGAAGGUGUCUGUGCGGUGCAACGUAAACAACUGUCCCGGAAUACCCAAGUGUCCCCCUGAGACUGAGCUGGAGAACGCACCCGGAGAAUGCUGCACCAUCUACAAGUGCGUGCCCAAGAACAAAUGCGCCUACAUCCACAAGUACAAGGUUGUGAACGGCAUGCAGAUUCAGCUUCAUCCCGAGCAGCGCUAUCAAAAGAUGUAUCCGGUGGACUCCAGCUGGACGGACGGUCUGUGCACCAACUGCACGUGCACUGAGCAUUUCAACCAGUACCAGUACAACUGCAAAGUCGAAGUGUGCCCUAGCCAUCAGAAGGACAGUGAGGACUACGAGUACUCAGCGUCUUCGCGCAACUUUGGCGUGUGCUGCCCGGAACAACAGCGCACGGCGUGCCGGGGCGGCGGCCAGACGCGUUCUAUCGGCGAGGAAUGGAAACUGCCCGAGGACGGCAAGUGUCGCUCGUACCGCUGCGAAAGGUCGCCCACCACGGGCGAAGCCGUCAAGGUGGUGCUCACGCACAUCUGCAACAACACCUGCCAAACGAGCGAAAAGUAUGUAGAACCUGCUCCAGGCUCCGGAGAUUGCUGUGGUCGCUGCGUACGCGAGUACUGCGAAGAAGGCGGAAAACUGUACCAGAUGGACGAGACGUGGGUGUCCAACGUCCGGCCGUGCUUCGAGGUCAAAUGCGUGCGCGGUGACCGCGGUGCCGUGGAGAUGAAGUACACGCUCAAGCCGUGCUCGCCACUGCCGUUGAAUUGCCCAAGGAACAGCAUCGUGCGCGAUGAGACCGGAUGCUGCCAGAUAUGCAAAACUACACCAGGUGAGAGGUCCUUUCUAUUUGCUUUCAGGAAACUAAAGUGCGGUGCCUUUCGCUGA